CUGGAGCGCGUGACGUCAGACGCACGCGGGGUUACGAAAAAAAAAAGGAGUUACGAAAGUUGUUUCCAGUCACGCCGGAUAAUGUCAUUCAUCGCUCUUGUUUCCCUGCAGAUGCUUUAGAGGUCCACACCGAAGGCUCUUUGCGUACAUUCAGAGGAAUCAUGCUGGGAUCAGUGGUUGUUGGUAUAGGCAUCGCAGGAUGUGUGAGAAUGAGAGAUUUACUUGCUCCUUUUCCAUCCAGCGCUGCUGAGAAGUUCAGCAUCAAAGGCUUUGUGUCCAGGAGGUCUCUUGAAGAUCAGCAGGGCGUGAAGCAGAUCUCUGUGACGGAGGCGUUGAGCAGAGAUGAUAUCCAUGCAGCGUUCAUAUGCACGGAAAACACCAACCAUGAAGAGCACAUCAGGCAGUUUCUGGAGGCAGGGAAGCAUGUGUGUGUCGAGUAUCCCAUGACCCUCAGCUACACGUCUGCAGUGGAUCUGUGGAAUCUGGCUCAGCAGAAGGGCCUGGUGCUACAUGAAGAACAUAUCGAACUCUUCACUCCUGACUUCAAACAGCUGAAAAAAGACAUAGCUGGGAAAACGCUGGAGGAGGCAACGCUGCACUUCACAGGUGGAUCCCUGAAGCCAAAUUUUGGGUUCCCGUCUUUCAGCGGUAUUGCCAGACUGACCUGGUUGGUUGAUCUUUUCGGGGAGCUCACGGUUACUGCAGCGUCUCUGGUGGAGGAGAAAGACAACAAAUACAUGAAGAUGACGGCACACUUACUGACCAAGCAGCAGAAACCUCUAACUUGGAUUGAAGAGCGGGGUCCAGGACUGGGCAGAGCCAAACACAUACACUUUCGCUUCCAGGACGCCAGCAUCACGGAGCUUCCUGCAGGUCAGCGGGAGCCGGUGGGUCUGUUCAUGCAGGAUCUGGUGCUGUUCGGCCGGAAGCUGCAGGGUGAAGUGUCUGCCGCCGAGCUCCAGGAGGAGAGGAGCAGGAUCUUACAUUGCCUGCAGCUGGCAGACCGCAUCCAACAGCUCAGUGAAAACACUCAGGCCUGAACCUGAAGCUGUUCACACAAUAACCUGCUGUGGGGCAUGAGUUCAUAUGUGACCCUGGACCACAAAACCAGUAUCAAUUUUCCGAAAUUGAGAUUUAUACAUCAUCUGAAAGUUGAAUAUAUAAGCUUUCCAUUAUUGUAUGGUUUGUUAGGAUCGGACAAUAUUUGGCCAAGAUACAACUAUUUAAAAAUCUGGAAUCUGAGGGUGCAAAAAAAUCAAAAUAUUGAGAAAAUCACCUUUAAAUUUGUCCAAAUGAAGUUCUUAGCAAUGCAUAUUACUAAUCAAUUAUUAAGUUUUUAUAUAUUUACUGUAGGAAAUUUACAAAAUAUCUUCAUGGAGAAUGAUCUUUACUUAAUAUACUAAUGAUUUUUGGCAUAAAGGAAAAAUCUAUAAUUUUGACCCAUACAGUGUAUUUUUGGCUAUUGCUACAAAUAUACCCCAGUGACUUAAGACUGGUUUUGUGGUCCAGGGUCACAAAUGGUCUUUCCCCACAUGGAAUUGUGUGACAGAUGACAGAUAGACAGAUGACUAGAGUGGAAAAUAAUAUUAAAAUAAUUAAAUAUAUAGAUUUAUUUUAACAGUGAAAAUCAGUUUGCUGAUGAGUUGCUUUUUAUGGUAUUUUGUUUCCACCAAGAAAUAAUAAUUGUGACUUUUUAUUUCACAAUUCUGCUUUUAUAUCUCCCAAUGACUCUCUGAGUCAGAAGAAAGUCUGAAUUGUGAGAUAAAAAGAUUUAAUACAUUUUUGUUUUGUUUUUUAUCCCAUGGAGGAAACCAGCUUUCACAGCUUUUAAGCUCCAAAAAGGACAAAAAAAAAAAACCCCAUAAGAGUAUGACUUGAAGAUUGUUCCAUUCUUCACAAAAUCCACGAAA